AUUGGCCCUCUUGUGCAAAUAUUUCAAGGAAUCUCUCAACUUGUGUACAUAAAUUGCAGUGAAAGAGAAGUUUAUCUCUCUACAACGGCAAGAAGAAGAAGAAGAAGAAAAAAAGAAAUUUCAAAAAAAAAAAGUCUUUUUUUUUUUUUAUGUCUUCCCAACUCCCUUCGAGGCAAGUUUCCUUCUCUGCUCCACCAGCAAUUUGAAAUUUGCUUGUAAACACAUUGUUUGAAUCACCCCUUUCAAAGUUCUACGCAUUGGGUUUCCUAAAGCGGCCAAAAGGGUACCCAAAUCCGGUGUCUUUUUUCCUGCGAUCAAAAUAUUUUGGCUAAAUUAGGGUUCUAGUUUCAUGUGAUGUGAACAUUUAGGGAGAAGAAAUUGGAGGGGAAAAAAAAGAUGAAGACUGUUGGUGGGUUAGCUAUUGGGUUGAGCUUGGUGUUUGGCUGUCUUCUAUUGGCACUUGUUGCAGAGGUCUACUAUCUUCUGAGAUGGAAUAAGAACAAGAAGAGCAAGCGAGUGAUAAGCCAAGAGAGUGAAGAAGAGAAAGAGGAAGAGCACAACAAUGGAUAUGCAAAGGAUCUCAUUCAGCUCUUCUGCUUCAAAAAGCCUCAGUCUUUGCAGCCCAACAAUGGCGGCGGCGAGAUUGCGAGAAACCCAGAUGGGGAUUUCGACGAAACACGGGAUUUAGAGCUUGGAUUGAUGAAACACUUGGCUGGGGAUGCAGGGUUUGAAGCGGAGCUAAUGAAGCUUCACAACCAGAGGUUCCUCUUCACAAUCAAAGAAGAGACAAAGGAGGAUUUGGAAUCUGAUGAUGGAAGAUCGAGGAAAGGGUCGAGGUCAAGAACGAGGAGCCUGAGUGAUCUUGCCUUGGGAGUAAACGACUGUAACACCCCUAGCUUUUUCACCCCUUUGGCCUCUCCGACAAUGAAAUCCUCCUCCUCGCCUUUGGAGUCGUACCCAAACCAUGGAUUCAACCCUCUCUUUGAAUCAGAGGGUGAGCGUGAGUUCAACAGGUUCUUCAGGUCGUCGUCGUCAUCAUCUUCACCUCCACCAAAAUUCAAGUUCCUGAGAGAUGCAGAGGAGAAGCUGAGAAGGAGACUGAUGGAGGAAGAGAAGAAGAGAAACGGGUCAGUUUCAUCAUCUCCGAAUCCAGAGCCACCGAAUGUGACAGAAGGCUCUUUUCUCAAAUUCAUGAACUCUGCGAUGAACAGAGAAAAGCAGAAUCUUCAAGAAUCACAUGAAACAGUGUCAUCAUCAUCAUCAUCAUCUUUACAGGUACGAAUCUUAGAACGCUAGACCAGAAGCCCACUGAUCAUCUAGUUUAGAUUUUUUUCUCUCUCUUUUUCCCCUUCAUAUUUUUUUUCGAAUUUGUAAGAAUUUCAGAUUUACGAGAAGGGUUUGUGUAAGUUAUUUCCAUUUCUCAUGAAUGUUCAUUAAGGAUGGCUUCCUCUGUAUUGAUCUAAAGAGGUUGCAGAUUUGCUUCA